AUGAAGUCUUUCGCUCCCGCCGCUGUUCUCCUGGCUUCUGCCCAAACCGUGCUUGGUCACGCGAUUUGGCAACAACUCUGGGUCGACGAUGUGGACCAGGUCAGCACGUGUGUGCGGAUGCCUGGCAGCAACUCUCCCAUUACCGAUGUCACUUCUCCGGACAUGGCGUGCAAUGCCGGAACUGCUGGUGUAGCGGGCAUGUGCGCCAUUACGGCUGGCCAGAAGGUGACCGUGGAGAUGCACCAGCACGCAAGCCGUGCAUGCACUGAAGAGGCUAUCGGCGGUGCCCACCGCGGUCCAACCAUCGUCUACAUGGCGGCUGUCACUGACGCCACGACGGCUGAUCCUACAACUGCGAAGUGGUUCAAGGUCUUUGAAGAGGGCUACAAUUCUGCCACCCAGGAGUGGGCCGACGCAAGUUUACCCUCACACGUUAUGACCCUCAACGCCAACUGCGGGAAGAAGGACUUUAUCGUCCCCACCGACAUCGCCCCCGGAGACUACCUGAUCAGAGCCGAGCAGAUCGCACUGCAUGCAGCAGGUAGUUCGGACGGUGCCCAGUUCUACAUGUCGUGCUACCAAGUCAAUGUCCAAGGAACUGGCACCGCCGCCCCCGACGGCGUUUCGUUCCCAGGCGCCUACGCUGCCACCGACGCCGGCAUCCUGAUCAACAUCUACCAAACCCUCGACGACUACAUCAUCCCCGGUCCAGAGUUGUACGGCGGCGGCGCCGCUGGUGGUGCGCCGGCCGGGAACGGCACCAAGACUGAGACUACCCCCGUCGAUUCGACUCCCGCUGAACCCGCUGAACCCGUCGCCACUCCCCCAACCACUGUUGUCGAUUCGACUCCCGCUAAAACCGCUGAAUCCGCUGAACCCGUCGCUACUUACCCAACCACUGUUCCCGACGAGGUCCCAUCGGCUCCUGCUUCUUCGACCACUGAGCCGCCCUCUUCCCCCGUCGAGACCCCGGCGCAGGUGCCGGCUGGGGGGGAGGAGGAGAAGGAUGAGGAGAAGGAUGAGGAGGAGGAGGAGGAGACCUGCGAUUGA